AUGGCUGUUGAAAUGGAGGAGCCUGCAGAAUCUGAAGCAAUUCUAGAGAAUGUGUGGGCUAAUUUUAUAGCCAAAGAUGAUGUUGUCAAGCAAGGUGAAACUACACCCGAAUCGUUGAAAUCAUGGGAAGGACUUCCUAGGCUCCUAGCCUUAAUGGUGGAGAAGGGUCAAUGGAAAAGCAGUAACACGCUAUCCGAGGAGAUGCUCGUUAAAUGUAAGACUCAACAAACGCCAAAACAGAUUGUUACUGAGGCGAAUGGUAUGAAAGUUGAUCAGAAGAUGAUCACAAGACACCAUAGAGGAGUGAGGAGGAGGCCAUGGGGUAAGUAUGCAGCAGAAAUAAGGGAUUCAUCAAGGACAGGAGCUAGAGUUUGGCUUGGGACUUUUGACACAGCUGAGGAAGCUGCUUUAGCUUAUGACAAGGCUGCAUUAAGACUUAGAGGCCCUUAUAAGGCAUAUCUUAACUUCCCAAUUGAGACAGUUGCUAAAGCCAUGGGAAUUAUCCAUUCAGAAAAUUUGUUGAAUCCUUCAACAAAUACUUCGCAACCAACAGAUGAUUCAGCUGGCACAUUUCUUGGUUACGGGGACAUAAAUGCUAACUCUCGGAAAAGAAAAUUGAGAGAGUGGGUGAGAAACGAGAACUUGGUUGUGAAAUUGAGCUCGAUUUCAACUCUAGUUCGCCCCGUCACAAUUGAACCGAGGUUGAAGAGAAUGGCUAGAUUGGAGGAGACAUUUGGAAUUGACUUUGGUGCAUUGUUGUUUCAGGAUCUUGGAAGUGAUUACUUGGACAGUUUAUACUGUCCUCUUUGUGACAAUUUUUAG